AUGAGUGCGCGCGCGCCCGGGGGAGUGGCGCCGCCGCGAGGGCGCGUCCCCAGUCGCUCGCCCGGGCGGGAAAGGAGGGUGCGAGCCGCUGGGACCGCAGCUAGUUACCCGCCGCAGCCUUUGCAGCCUUCGCGCUGGGCCUGGGAGCAGAUUCCAGCCUGCCACGCCCCAGGCUGGAGCCCCCUGGGAGGGUCCCUGAAGAGAUGGUGUCAGGCAGGGGUUCUGCACCUUUUGGGGUCCCUUGACUUCUGUGAGAAGCUGAUGACGGCUCGGGACCCUCUUCCCGGAGAAAUGUUUAUGCACGUAGACUCAGUAUUGAACACAGUUUCAAGGGCUAAAACUGACUGGGAGGUGGCUAUUAAAAGUAUUAAUAAAAAGAACUUGUCAAAAUCACAAAUUCUGCUUGGGAAGGAAAUUAAAAUCUUGAAGGAACUUCAGCACGAAAAUAUUGUAGCCCUCUAUGAUGUUCAGGAAUUACCCAACUCUGUCUUUCUGGUGAUGGAGUACUGCAAUGGUGGAGACCUGGCAGAUUAUUUGCAAGCUAAGGGAACUCUCAGCGAAGAUACUAUUAGAGUGUUUCUGCAUCAGAUUGCAGCUGCCAUGCGAAUUCUGCACAGCAAAGGAAUAAUCCACAGGGAUCUCAAACCACAGAACAUCUUGCUGUCAUACGCCAAUCGCAGAAAGUCCAACGUCAGUGGUAUUCGCAUCAAAAUAGCGGAUUUUGGGUUUGCUCGUUACCUGCAUAGUAACAUGAUGGCCGCAACCCUGUGUGGGUCCCCAAUGUACAUGGCUCCUGAGGUUAUUAUGUCUCAACAUUAUGAUGCUAAGGCAGACCUGUGGAGCAUAGGAACGGUGAUAUAUCAAUGCCUAGUUGGAAAGCCACCUUUUCAGGCCAAUAGUCCUCAAGACUUAAGGAUGUUUUAUGAAAAAAAUAGGAGCUUAAUGCCUAGUAUUCCCAGAGAAACAUCACCUUAUUUGGCUAAUCUCCUCUUGGGCUUGCUUCAGAGAAACCAAAAAGACAGAAUGGACUUUGAAGCAUUUUUCAACCAUCCUUUUCUUGAGCAAGUUCCAGUGAAAAAAUCCUGCCCGGUCCCGGUGCCCGUGUAUGCUGGCUCUGUCUCCGGCAGCUCCUAUGGCAGCUCCCCGUCUUGUCGUUUUGCCUCUCCACCGUCCCUUCCAGAUAUGCAGCAUAUUCAGGAAGAGAACUUAUCCUCCCCACCGUUGGGUCCUCCCAACUGUCUGCAAGUGUCCAAAGAUUCUGCCAGCACUAGUAGCAAGAACUCUUCCUGUGAUACGGAUGACUUUGUUUUGGUUCCACACAGCAUCUCGUCAGACCACUCAUAUGACAUGCCAAUGGGAGCUGCUGGCAAGCGCGCUUCAAACGAGUUCGUGGUGUGUGGAGGGCAGUGCCAGCCUACCGUGUCCCCUCACAGUGAGACGGCACCAAUUCCGGUCCCUACUCAGAUAAGGAAUUAUCAGCGCAUAGAGCAGAAUCUUACAUCUACUGCCAGCUCUGGUACAAAUCUGCAUGGUUCUCCAAGAUCUGCAGCGGUACGAAGGUCUAACACCAGCCCUAUGGGCUUCCUCCGGCUGGGAUCCUGCUCCCCGGCACCAGCAGACACAGUGCAGACAGUUGGACGGAGACUCUCCACUGGGUCUUCCAGACCUUAUUCACCUUCCCCUUUGGUUGGUACCAUUCCUGAGCAAUUUAGUCAGUGCUGCUGUGGGCAUCCUCAGGGUCAUGAAUCCAGGAGCAGAAACUCAUCAGGUUCUCCAGUGCCACAGGCCCAGUCACCACAGUCUCUUCUGUUGGGUGCUAGAUUGCAGAGCGCCCCUACCCUCACUGACAUCUACCAGAACAAGCAGAAACUCAGAAAGCAGCACUCGGACCCUGUGUGCCCAUCCCACGCUGGGGUUGGGUACAGCUACUCACCUCAGCCCAGUCGGCCUGGUGGCCUUGGAACCUCUCCCACCAAGCACAUGGGGUCCUCUCCUCGGAGUUCAGACUGGCUCUUUAAAACUCCUUUACCAACAAUCAUUGGCUCUCCUACUAAGACCACAGCUCCUUUCAAAAUACCUAAAACACAAGCGUCUUCCAACCUGCUAGCCUUGGUUACUCGUCAUGGGCCUUCUGAAGGGCAGUCUAAAGAUGGGAGUGACCCACGGGAAUGCUCUCAUUGUCUCUUAGUACAAGGAAGUGAGAGGCAGAAGUCUGAGCAGCAGAACAAGGCAGUGUUUGGCAGGUCUGUCAGUACUGGGAAAUUAUCAGAUCAACAAGUAAAGAUACCUUUAGGUGGACAUCAGGGCAGCACGGACAGCUUAAAUACAGAACGACCAAUGGAUAUAGCCCCCGCAGGAGCUUGUGGUGUGGUACUGGCACCUCCCAUAGGAACAGCAGCAAGUUCCAGGGCUGUCCUGUUCACUGUAGGAUCUCCUCCACACAGUGCCACGGCCCCCACUUGUACCCAUAUGGUCCUUCGAACGAGAACAACCUCAGCGGGCUCCAGCGGCUCCGGAGGCUCCCUGUGCUCCGCCAGCGGCCGCGCGUGCGUGGGCUCCCCGCCAGGGCCGUGCUCGGGGUCCUCCCCUCCGGGAGCGGAGGCGGCUCCCGGCCUGAGAUACAUGCCUUAUGGUGCUUCACCCCCCAGCCUAGAGGGGCUCAUCACCUUUGAAGCCCCUGAACUGCCAGAGGAGACACUGAUGGAGCGAGAACACACAGACGCCUUACGCCACCUCAGUGUGAUGCUGAUGUUCACCGAGUGCGUGCUGGACCUGACAGCCGCGCGGGGAGGAGACCCGGAGCUGUGCGCGUCCGCUGUCUCAUCCGCCGUCUCCUUGUACCAGAUCCAGGAGAGCGUGGUCGUGGACCAGAUCAGCCAACUAAGCAAAGACUGGGGGCGGGUGGAGCAGCUGGUGUUGUACAUGAAGGCAGCGCAGCUUCUAGCCGCAUCGCUGCAUCUCGCCAAAGCCCAGGUCAAGUCCGGGAAACUGAGCCCAUCCACGGCCGUGAAACAAGUUGUCAAGAAUUUGAAUGAACGAUACAAAUUCUGCAUCACCAUGUGCAAGAAACUUACGGAAGAGCUGACUCGCUUCUUCUCUGACAAACAGAGAUUUAUUGAUGAAAUCAGCAGCGUGACUGCAGAGAAACUCAUCUAUAAUUGUGCUGUAGAAAUGGUUCAGUCUGCAGCCCUGGAUGAGAUGUUUCAGCAGACAGAAGAUAUUGUUUAUCGCUAUCAUAAGGCAGCCCUUCUUUUGGAAGGCCUAACGAAGAUUCUCCAGGACCCUGCAGAUAUUGAAAACGUACAUAAAUAUAAAACUAGUAUUGAAAGAAGAUUGUCAGCACUCUGCUGUAGCACCGCCACCCUGUGAGCGGCAGCCGGUCCGGCCCCUGGACCAGUGGUGGAAUUGAGGACAGAAGUUUGGGAUGACAGCUCGGGUUCUGGUUCCCCAUCUCCAGGAAACCGUAGUUUCUCACCUGGUGACUACCAAAGAGCAAGCAGUGACUUCACAAAGGAAGAACAAUCCAAAACUACAUGCUUAUAGGAAAUCUGCCUUAUCGGAGACGACACCCCUUCCCCUUUUCUUUGUAGAAGCAGCAGCAAGAGUAUUCCACUUGGCUCUCAGUUCGAACCUGGUAAAUAAACGUACCUUAG